UUGUUAGUUUUAUCUUAAACUAAUAUUUUAUCAUGCUAAUUAAAAUCAUUAAGUACACCUAAUUUUGUUCUCUAAAAACUCCCUUUUUAUGUUCACUAUUUUCUCUCUCUCUCUAAAAGAAAACCUUUGUUAAUGGUUCCACGAUGAAGCACUACUACAGAAAAACAGUAAGAGAAGAUUCUUCCAGAGCCAGUUAACUACCAACUGUAUCUUUACCCGCCAAUAUUUUCUGAAGUAGUCAUCAUUUUGCAGGGGUUGUUUUUGAGUUUUGUUUGGUGUUGAGAUAAGAAAAAAGUUAGGGUUUUUUCAGUGGACUUUCUGAAGAAGUGUGGUGUGUUGUGGAAUUGUGGUUACUUUUAUUAUUCAAUGCAGAAUGUCAAAUCUGAACCCGCAAUUGUUUGCGAAGAACAUAGAAUUGAAUGUACAAAUUUCGAGGAAAAUCAUAGGGCAAGUGAGAAUUUAAGUCAAGACAAAAAUGGAGAAAAUGGGCAAAGCUCAUCAGGGGAUUCUACUGAAAAUGAUGAUCCGGGUGUUAUUAGAAUUUUGAUUUCUAAUGGGGAAUCAGAAGCUGUUACGAUGAGUUCAGAAACUAGAGGGGAUGCAGUGAAAGUUACUGGUACUAACCAAUUGAAGAGUGAAGUUACAGAUGUGGUGGCAAGUCUUAAGAAAGGAGGUUCUCUGUCAAGAGAUGAAAGCUCUAGGGAACAGUGCAGAGUCUGUCAACAAUCAUCAGAAGAAACUCUUAUAGAUCUUGGAUGUCAAUGUCGUGGUGGACUUGCUAAAGCUCAUCUAUCAUGCAUAGGGACUUGGUUUAGUACUAGAGGUUCAAAUAACUGCGAGAUUUGCCAACAAAUAGCUGUGAAUGUGCCACCUCCAGAAUCCCAGCCAAGUAGGAAUUACUGGAUUUGGAGGAUUGAUCCUGGUACUGGUACUGUGCAGGAACGUGAAAGGGGUUGCUACAGUCCACUUUGGGUGGCAUUAUCGAUCCUCAUCGGUGGUCUCCUGCUAGAUGUUUUAAUAUCGAUUUCUCUUGGUGUUUCAGCACUUCCUGUCAAUAUUAUAAUCGGUGUUCUAGUGGUUCUAGGGCUAGGAACUGCGCUUCGACUAGCAUUUGAAUGCUGUCAGGAGAUAAGUAUAAGGAGAGCAGUGCAAAGGAUGGAUAUAAAUGCAAACCCAAAUUACCACCCUACUAUCUGGCAAAACUUGUGAAUUUGCAAAAUUUGUUAUUAUAAAGCAACAAAAUAUAUAUAUAGAGUAGAAAUAUAUAUUUUAUUUUGGGGCUUAUUUUGUUAUUAUAAAGCAAGUAAGCAACAUCGUGCUUAUGUUUUGCUCAGAGAAGAAAACAUUCUCUGUGCAUGUUAUAGGAUAGCUUAAGUUGUAGGUGAUUCCUUAAAGCCACAUUUGCCUACUGUAUGAAUGUCCUCAAAAAAUGUAAUACAUCAUUGAUGGGAUAAAAAUGUCAUGGAGAAAUGCUAGAGUGAGAUUUUGUGCCGCAACGAUAUUGUAUGAGAUAGGUCCUAUACUCCUAUCUCAGUAAUUAAAAAGAUAUUAAGUCUUGUUUCAUACUUGUUUCA